ACUAAUUAACGAAAAUCGUCCUUAUAACUCGAUGCGAGUCAUCAAGAUGAGACGCAACUCGGAAACUCGAUAGUGAAGGCGUAUCACGAAUAUGCGUUCGCAGUUCGAGUCUCUUCUCUCAGCCCUUCUUGUCUCAUUGCAUUUUCUCAUGGGCGUAGAGAGUCUACGCAAAAUCGGUGACUAUUUCAAUGAUAUUGACAUGAGCCGUGUGGAAAAUCAUCGGCUCAAUUUGCAACCAAGGGAAGUUGAAAAUGUCGAAGAGAGACUUGGCUGUAUAUUGGCCUGCUCAGGAAAGAACUGGUGCUAUUCUGUAAACUUUAAACACACCCCUGAAGAAGACGGAAAGUUUGUGUGUGAGCUUUUGACAGGGAACCGAAUAAAUAACUCUGCACUUUUCACCAAUAACAGCUCAUUUACACACUACGGAAUCAAGGAUCCUUGCAGCGCUACUCCAUGUCUGAAUAAUGGCAAGUGUGUUUUGCUGCCAGACUCCAUCAACUUUCAGUGCGAGUGUGCGGGAUUAUUCACCGGGAAACUUUGCGAGAAAGAAAUAGACUUCCCGGAAUGCGCCUCUUACACAACACUGUCUGAUGCAAGCCGCAACGUUAACUCGCCACAGACCACAAAAAUCUGCGACAGCGGGCUCGUGAAAAAGUGGUACCGUUUGGAAGGCGACGCUGGGACGGUCAUCCCAUCUGCCUGUCCCUCAAAACGUAUAUGCAACACUGAUGCAACUGGUUGGGUGAGCGGCAUGCAUCCUACGGUGGAAGAAGGAAUUGUAACACGUAAAGUUUGUUAUCACUGGAGCACUAAAUGCUGCAACUGGUCCAAUGACAUCAGAAUCCUUAACUGUGGCUCGUAUUAUAUCUAUGAGCUAAUAAGACCUCCGGUUUGUUCUUUGCGUUAUUGUGGCGAGUGAUCUAGGUGUUAGGGGGAUAGAAGGGCCCCACAGAGUUUGACCCAAAAAUUGUCGUCAUUAAUUUACCUUCGUAACGAUUUUGCAAUGAACAGACACAAUAAGAACAAAAAACAAAAGGCAGCCCAAGGGGAAUAAAAACCCCCUCUAACCCCCCUCACCCCCAAAAGAUCCGCUACUGGCCCCAUUUAGCUACAACUUUGUUAUAUUGCGAUAUUUUCCAUUGAAUGUGGUAUUUCUUGAAAAUUGCGGGCCAGGUACAUUGCCAUCAAGUAAUGUCCUACAUGAUAAUAUUGUUACUAAUUGGAAGUAAAUAUAAUUUGUAAUUUUGUUUUCUCUCGUAUUCUCGGCACCCACUAAAAAUAAGUCGUUAUGAACACUAAUAGAAUUGUAUUAUGACAUUUUGCAGUUUGAUUCUAUUGAUUAAAGUGCACAAAAAUUACCCAA